AGUCCAAUCCUGAAAUUCUCGCUCUAAAAACCUCUCUCUCUCUCUCUCUCUCUCUCUCUCUCUCUGGAUGCAAAACCUAGCUCAGUUCUUCUAGUUUCCGCAUCAAAAAGAAAUUAAAUCAAUGGCGAGAGAGAAGAUAAAGAUAAAGAAGAUCGAUAACCUGACAGCGAGGCAGGUGACGUUUUCGAAGAGGAGGAGAGGGCUAAUGAAGAAGGCGGAGGAGCUGGCGGUGCUCUGCGACGCCGACGUGGCGCUGCUCAUUUUCUCCGCCACCGGCAAGCUCUUCGAGUACUCCAGUUCCAGCAUUAAGGAUGUUAUUGGGAGAUAUAAUUUGCAUUCUAAUAACAUUGGAAAACUGGAAUAUCCAUCUCUCGAGCUACAGCUCGAGAAUAGCAACCACGUUCGAUUGUGCAAGGACGUUGCAGAUAAGAGCCAUCAACUGAGGCAAAUGAGGGGAGAGGAUCUUCAAGGACUGAACUUAGAAGAUUUGAAGCAAUUGGAAAGAGUCCUUGAAGUAGGCCUCGCUCGGGUCCUCCACACCAAGGAACAGAAGAUUAUGAGUGAAAUUAGUGCACUUGAGCUCAAGGGGGCAAGGCUGAUGGAAGAGAACAGGAAAUUAAAACAAAAGAUGUUAAGGUUGUCGAAUGAAAGAAUACCAGUGCUUGCGGAUUCCGACGUUGGGAUCCCGGAAGAGGGCGGCGUUUCGUCGGAAUCCGCCGCCAAUGUCUGCAGCUGCAACAGCGGCCCUCCCGCCGACGAGGACAGCUCCGACACCUCUCUCAAAUUAGGGCUUCCUUGCUCAAACUGAGGCAAAUGUUGACGAAGAUUAUAAAGAGGGGCAGAGUAAAAUCAAAUGCAACUUUAAUAAAAAUGAAUUGUUGGAAUUAUAAACUUUAUUAAAUGAUUAAUGAUGAGUUUGACAUAUUUUAAA